CAGCAUCAUCGCCACUCCUCCCAGUAGGAAGGGCGCAUCCCGGAUAGCUAGCUGGCUAGCUGUACUCACCAUAACGAUGGCAGUUAACCUCAGCAAAAAUGGCCCUGCAUUGACAGCUGCAUAUAAAGAAGUGGUAGAUGAAAAAUCCAACACCGACUGGGCCUUGUUCACCUAUGAGGGAAACAGUAAUGACAUCCGCCUGGCAGAAAAAGGGGAUGGAGGACUGGAGGAGUUGGUUGAGGAACUCAACAGUGGAAAAGUGAUGUACGCUUUCUGCCGGGUCCAAGAUCCAAAUUCUGGCCUGCCUAAAUAUGUCCUCAUCAACUGGACUGGGGAAGGAGUGAAAGAUGCCAGGAAAGGAAUAUGUGCAAAUCACGUCAGUGCCAUGGCCAAUUUUCUUAAGGGGGCCCAUGUCACAAUAAACGCCAGAGCUGAUGAGGAUGUGGAACCUGAAGCGAUAGUGCAGAAAGUGGCUAAAGCCUCGGGAGCAAACUACAGUUUCCACAAAGAAGCCUCCAGCCGCUUCCAGGACAGCGGUCCUCAGGGUCCUGUGGGCUCAGUGUACCAGAAGACCAACGCUAUGUCGGAAAUCAGAAAGACCAAUAAAGACACCUUCUGGGCACAGGCAGAGAAAGAAGAGGAGAAACGCCGGCAGGAGGAGCGGCGCAAGGCAGAGGAGGAGCGCCAGCAUCUGGAGAGAGAGAGGAAAGACAGAGAGGCCAAGGAGGCAGCACAGAGGGACAAAAGGGACAAGGAGAGGGCCUCUCAAAUCGAGCAACAAAAGAAGUACCAGCAGCAGCAGGAAGCUGAGAGUAGAGAUCAGGAGAAACAACAUUUGGAGGAUCAGGAGGAGAACCAGGCAGCCCAAAGGAAAGCAGUCAAGAGAGGUGAAUCAGUGGAGAAGGCCAAUGAGGCAGCUUCUCUCAUCUCUCAGCGUGCUCUGAAUCCCAGAGAGAUGUUCAAGCAGAGAGAGAGGGGAAUAACUCCCAGUGACUCAGACGUCCCCGCUGCUGCCCCUGCUAGCCCCCAGCCAGGGCGUCUGCAAAGCCCUUUUCUGUCUAAGCAAGCGUAUGAAUCUGAGCGAGCCAGCUCACCUCAGCGUCAAGCUUCGCCUGUGCCAGCAGGCACCGCCUCUCCUGUCCGUGCCACAGAGCCUGAUGUGGAUGAUGGACAGUCCAGGUGUGAGUAUGAUGAGCAGGAGGCAGCCCCACAGGAGCAGGAGAAAGAGGAGGCACCCGCUGCCAAAUCAUAUGUCCAGGAAGAGCCCGCUCAGGUGGAGGAGAAAAACUCAGAUGAGGUAACUGCUGAGGAGACCUCAGAUAGAGGCAUCUGUGCCAGAGCCUUAUAUGACUACCAAGCUGCUGAUGACACAGAGAUCUCGUUCGAUCCCGACGACAUCAUCGCCGGGAUCGAGAUGAUAGACGAGGGCUGGUGGCGAGGCUACGGUCCAGAUGGCCAUUUUGGAAUGUUCCCAGCCAAUUACGUGGAGCUUAUCUAGCCCAGCGCGAACCCCACCACCACCACCACCACCCCACCCCAACCUACACAGAUCAACACACUGGCAGCCCCGGAGGACCUCUGCAGUAAAACAACACACAGCAAAGUCAGUCCUCGCACACAAGUGAUCAGGCUGAUCAGGCUGAAACAGAGCAAAUGAGCCUCCGCAUCAUGGACCAAUGAACAGAUGGUAAUCGUGGGCCAGAAGCUUUUGAAAUCUCUCCACAUUUCAAGAAAGCAAUUCCAUUAAAUUAUUGAUGUAAGCAACUGAUGGCAUAGUUUAGGGAAGACCAACAGACCGACCGAAACUCCCUCUUACUUCCCCCAAAAAUAAAUCUCUUUACCUUUUAGAUGUGAUGCAGUACGAUAUCAGCCUUUGUUAAGUCUUAAAGUCAAUAAUAGUAUUUCUAGUUCACAUUCCUUACAAAGUGACUUCAGUUCUUUUUCAGGUAUUAUUUUGUUGUUACUUGUAGCAAAUGCUCCUGCACAUUUCAGGAAAAAAAAAAAAAAUUCAAAGAUAGUGGUACCAGCUACAGUGUAAUCUUUUGCCUUGUUUUUGCCUUUCUUUACCAGCAGACUGAAUUUCCUUUUUUUAAUGUGACUUACAACCUGUGUGAAUUACAGACCCUGUUUUAGUACUGAUCUGACUGUGGUUGAAGUGAAUAUUUAAAAAAAAAAAAAACAGAUCAUGUUUGCUGUGCUCCAGGUGGUUGACUUGUUAGUGGGGAAUGCAUAAAUGGUUAAGUUCCCUUUAACUGUGAGAAUAUAACGGUUUGUUUUCAUUUCAGUUCCUUCCUCAUAUGGACCAAAUCAUUUCAACAUAUUUAACUUUUCAGGGACAAGCUGAAGAGGAAAAAAAAUAUAAGUCAGCAUUAUUUUUCAAGAGAUUGGAUCCUGCCGGUCUCUUAAGAGUCAUAUGUGAUUAUUGUGGUGCCAUAAUGAGGGGAAGUGAAUUUAGUGAUACACCCUGAAAAGCGCUUGGUGACAUUUUAGUUGAACAUUUGACAGCAAGUUGCAAGUUCACUGUUUUUAUCCUGGAACAGAAUUCUUGCUCUUUUAAAGCUCGGAGGUCAGUCAAUAAAAGGAAAAAAAGAAUCGAUCAUGAAUAAAUAAAUAAUAAUAAAAAAGGGCAUCAUGUAUCAAUUUCAUUAUUCAUGUUUGUUUUUCCAGAGUCUAUUAUAAUGCACAGACAUUCUUCAUAAUAAAAUAAAUAAACAAGC